AUGUUAGCAAUUGCAAGAGCAACAUCAACAACAACAAUGUUCAAUUUCUCCACCCUUGUUCAUAAUCCUCAAUCCAACACACUCUUCUUCUCUCCCUUCCCAUUCUCCCCUUCUUCUGCCACACCCCGCAAGUUUCAAUCUUUCAAACCCCCCACAAACUGGAACCUCCACAAUUCUCUCUCCUCAUCCUACCAAAACGAAAACGACGAAGAACAUGUAAUCGGAGAUUGUCUCGUCUUCGAGGAAGGCAUUUUCGAAGACCCCAUUUUUCCUAUUCCUUCCGACAACCUCGUAGACAGCAAAAAACCAAAACCCAGUUCAAAGAAAAAGAAGAAGAAAACGGCGGUAAUUAAGUCUGAGAAUCUGGUUCCUGACAAGUGGAGAGAUGUUCAAGCAGAGGUGAACAUAACGAAGAAAGAGAGACGUAAGAUAGCUCAGGAAAUUGAGUUCAAUAGUAAGGUUUUGAAGAAGAAAGGAGGGUUGGUUCCUUUGAGGAAUAUGAAUUUGGAUGAUUAUAAGGCUUAUAGAGAUGCUAUGUUGGCUAAGUUGAAACCUGUGGUUCUUGAUAUGCCUCCAAGUUUUAGUUUUGCCGACAGAGAGGAAGAGUUGGAAGAUGAAUUGAAUGAUGGGUUUGGUGAAGAACGUGUUAAGCCUAAGAAUCCUAGGUGGGCUGUUUAUGGGAGAGGUUUUGAGGAUGUCAAUGAGUUUUUGAAUAGUCAAAGUUAUGACCUUGCUCUUAAGAAAACUCAAGGUCGUCUUAAGUUGUUUACAAAGGAGGAGAAGGCUUUGUUGAAUAAGAUUAAGCCAGACUUGUCAGUUGCUACUUCGGAUAAAUGGCUUCCUCUGCAUACUUUUGCUGCGAGCGCCGAAUCUUUCCUCUUACAAACUUUGUUGAAGCACGAUGUUGAUAUUAAUGCUAUGGAUAAGGAUGGUUUGACUGCUCUUUCCAAAUCGAUAGUUGGAAGAAAGCGUGCCAUAACUAAUCUUCUCCUGCUAAACUCGGCCAAUCCCUUUGUACAAGAUAAUGAUGGGGCCACCUUGAUGCACUAUGCUGUACAAACAGCUUCUGUCCCAACAAUUAAAGUGCUCUUGUUGUAUAAUGUGGAUAUAAAUCUUCAGGACAAUGAUGGCUGGACACCAUUACAUCUUGCUGUUCAAACUCAGAGAAAUGAUGUAGUAAAGCUUCUGCUGAUUAAAGGUGCUGAUGAGACAUUAAAAAACAAGGAUGGUUUAACUCCACUCGACAUUUGCCUCUACUCUGGUCAAAGUAUCAGAACAUAUGAGUUAAUCAAGUUGCUGAAGCAGCUUCCAAGACGCUCUAAAAAUGCUCGAAAAAAUAAAUCUCUUGAAGCAGCUUCCACGGACUAA